CGCAUGCGUGGGUCGCCAGUAGCAACACAUAACUUGUUGUCGGAAGCGAUGUGAAUACAUGUGAUUUUGUGGAGAAAGAUCUACCAGAAGAUCUACGCAGUACGGCCUAUUUUUAGCUAUUUAUCUCUAUAGUUGAGACAAGUAGUUGGUAACAUCAAGAUGGGUCGGUUACCAACUGGACCUAAAACUUACCACAUCAGUGCUAGUCAUGGUCCAGACACUGAUAUGAUGAAGUUUUACUCAACAAACUAUUCUACUAAGUUUGGAAAGGAGGGGUUUGAACCCCGGCUGGGCAAGCAUGUUGGGACAGGUUACAAGUCAAACUUCAGGCCAGGAGUCUACUACAGUGCUAGGUUGGACGAAAAAGAUAAUCCAGCUAUGGGACGAAUCAUCCAAGGCAAUUAUAACUCCAUUACUCAACUUCAUUUCAAGCCCUCUAAAGACUCAAAUGGAAAUGAUAGGCUGCCUUGCAACCUGGCACAAGUCGGUAGUGGAUUUGUUCGUCAGAAGCCUAUUACAUAUCCAACUGUUGGGGAGGUCCGCGGAGUAUACGUUGACACAAAACAGCAUGGGAUAGGUCCAAGCAUCAGCGGAGUAUUACCAAAAUAUCAACCAUACCUGCAUAAGUUGCAGUCAAAGGAUCCAGUUGCAUUGGAACACAAAGGACAUGGUCCAGGAUACAUGUCAACGGAGUCAAGUGUACGGUUCAAAGGCACACCAAGUCAAAGAUUGGACACUUCAACUAAAACUGUUGGAAGGAAAGAAGGCUCUGGUUACACCCAUGCAUACAACUUGGAACCAAUCACUUUCCAUCCUGGGUCGCCUUUCAAAAAUGAAACGCCUGGAUUCUUAACAGACCGUCCAACUGGAGUGAGUGUUAUGAAGACAAGCUACAGACAGUCACGUUACAGCCAUGGAGCAGAAAGGUUGCCAGUUAUUUCGAACCGGUCUGAGCAUGAAACGGGAUUCACUCAUGAGAAAGCAAAACCACUGUACGUCCACAGAGUGAUGGAACAUGCAUAUACAAAGAAGAGUGACAUGCCAAAAUAUGUAACUGAUAGAAUACGAAAAAUAGACCCAGCUGAGUACCUAAACUUGACCAACCCGGACAACCAUUCGUCCAUUGCAGCGAAGUCAUUCCAGGGACAGCAGCAGCCAACGCCCAGUGAGAACGAGAGGCUUGGGCACUUUGUAAUGGGCAAUAAGGAAUUAUCAGGGUAUGCAGACAACAAUGAUAAACCUAAGUUACAGUUACCUGUGGAACCUUAUCGUUGGAUUACUCACUACGAUACCAAGUUUUAUGACAUGAAUCCAAAGGGUAAAGCACGAGCGGGUCGCACAUUUGGUGCAGUGAUGGACCAGUUACCCAAUGGCUUUACUAAGAGCACAGCUGUACAUUCCUACGGACCAGCACUGGACACUACUGGACAACUGAGAAAUCUCGAACCAUAUGUAGCCAGAAGUAUCAAGGCAACUGACCGUUUCUAUGAUGACCACACACACGAUAUGAAGUUGCACCAAAAGAUGGCUGCCGUAUUUUGAAAUCAAAAUAACCAUUUGGAUUAAAAGUACAAAAAUGUUGAUCCAAAAGAAUUUAAUAAAUCAGUGAAAGAUGAGAAUUGAGAUGUCUUCUUUAAUUUUUAUUGUAUAAUGUAACUAUUGCAAUAAUAACAAUUAUGCUAAUUAAUAAUAUAGAAGAAUUGUGUAUGUUAUGGAUUAUAAAGUACAAAACUGUAGCAUCUAAAGUGAAA